AAGAAGGUAAAGGAGGCUCUUAGAUUUUGCCCUUUUGAUCAGUAAUCCGACAAAGGGCCAACAGAUUCAGAGGAACCCACCGAAGUCCCCGGGAUGAAAAAAUAAAAAUGUCUGCGUUGUUGAGAGAAAAUGAUUCUGGGUUGUUGCGGCUGACUCGUGUUCUGCAGAUUCGUUCCUUCUUGGGCCCAUCAGAUGCUUGUAUUCAUGGGAGCAGAGGUUGCCUUGGAUGCUGUUCUGAAUACCCAUUGAUCCUUGGUGAGGACAGGCCUCUAAAGGAAGUGAGAAAAAACCAAAGUGAAACCGUGAAGAAACCUGGCAUUGCAGAUGAUUUUUGGAGCACUAGCGCCCAUGAAAUGGAUUUGUCUCACAGAAGCUUGUCAUCAGGAAACACAUCAAGUCAGACCCUUGAUUCUCAGCAUAAUGCAGGUUCCACAAGCAAUUCACCUGAGUUCGUUAACCCUGGUCUUAUUCUCUGGAACCAGAUGAGGGAACAGUGGACUGCAAAUAAGAGUACUCAGAAUGAAAAACAAGUUAGAGAACCGAGAAUAAGUUGGAAUGCAACUUACGAGGGCCUGCUCGGCACGAACAAGCCUUUUCCUCAGCCUAUCCCGCUCUCAGAAAUGGUAGAUUUCCUUGUUGAUGUGUGGAAGCAGGAGGGCUUCUAUGAUUGAUGGAUUAGCAAAGGCAAGAAGGAAUGGGAGAUUUGUCGUGUUGAGGGCUGUUUGGGUCUUUUUUUUCUUUAACAGGAAAUAAAAUUUCUAAUGAUAGAUGCAUAAUUUUUCCUUCAUGUUGCUAAAAGAGUCCGCAAUUCCUUUAAUCCGAAGAGCCCGCAAUUCAAUUC